AUGUCCAACGCGACCAGCUUCUGGAUUGCGGUUCGCAAUGCCAAAAACCAGCACAAUAUAGAAGUUAGGCACAGGGUAAUGUCGCAGCGCAAUGGCAGUCGGUCUUUCUGGACGCUGGUCAAGCAGAUUGAAAAAAACUACUCACACAGUAGCCUUCCACCAUUUUCGUGCCAGGAUGGAACGAUUGCGGAAGUGCUAGCCAAGAUCUUUGCUGCCAACUCCACCAUGGACGUCCCCACCAACGCCCAGGUGAAGUCGAUUCAAAGGGUUCCCUACACUAUGCGGGAGGUAACACUUAGGAAUAAGACCGUAAGACGAGACAUGAUUCCUGCCAUUGUGCUGAAGAGGUGUGCAGCAGAGCUUGCUCCAGUUCUUUCGCGUUUCUUCCAGAUAUCUUAUGAAUCCGGCACCUUCCCAGAAAACUGCAAAUUUGCUCAUAGGUGCAUAAAUCGCGAGCUCCUGAACUACCUCGAACGCCACAGCUUGAUUAGCGACAGGCAAUAUGGUUUCCGGCACCAGCGAUCCACAGGGGACCUCCUAGCUUACGUCACGCAAUUGUGGGGUAAACUCAUCCAGUCUUAUGGUGAGGCUCAUGUCGUUGCUCUUUGCAUCAGAAAAGCGUACGAUCAGCUAUGGCACGCUGCCCUCUUAAGCAAACUUCCAUCCUAUGGCCUCCCAGAAAAGCUUUGCAGAUGGAUAUCCGUCGUAAUUGGCGGGUUCUCCUCUUCAUCCCACAACGUCAACGCUGCUGGAAAAAAAAGACUAGCGACGACUUUCUAUCUGACAAGAGACCUGGAGGCUAUCGCUGCUUGGGGACGCAACAAUCUUGUACAGUUUAAUGCUUCCAAAACACAGUAUUGUACUUUGACGAACAAAAAGCGUCCUAGCGCUCAUCCGGUUUCGAUGGAUGGCCGAGUUCUGCCAAAGAGCCAUUCAUUUCGGCUGGUCGAAGUCCAGAUCACCGAGGACCUGAUCUGGCACGAACACAUCUCGUCAAUAGCGGCAGCUGCUGGGAACAAACUAAGAUAUUUGUUUAGGGCUGAGAAGUACUUUUCUCCGCAUGACCUUCUCACUCUAUACAAAGGCCAGAUAAGGUCUAGCCUCGAGUAUUCCUCACACGUUUGGCGUGCUGCCGCCCCGACUACAUUAUUCAUGCUCGAUGCUGCCCAGAGGAGGGCCGUCCGACUGAUCGAUGACUCUUCGCUAACAGACAGUCUCGGGACUCUUUCGCACCGGCGGGACGUCGGCCAUCUAGCUCUUUUCUACCACUACACCAACGGGCAUUGCUCCUCAGAGCUCUCUUCCAUAGCCCGCCUAACUUUGGCGUCCCAUCCUGACCGUGUCGAACUUCGUACAUCCAGAACUGGCCGGUACGACCGCUCCUUUCUCCCGCCGAGAUUGUGGAACAAUCUACAAGAGGAACCUUUUCCCAGUUCUACUAACCUGAGGCAGUUCAAAGAGGUUUGGUGA